UGUGAGCAUCUGAAUAUUAUUUUGUUUGUAGAUAAGAUUUCUUAUGUAGAAUUUACACUAUUUUCAGCAACUAUGUUCAAAAUAAUUAAAGAGAUGCUUCCACCUGAUGUCCGUGUGGCAAGGGAUACUCAAGAUCUUCUUGUUGAAUGUUGUGUUGAAUUCAUCAAUCUUGUAUCAUCGGAGGCCAAUGAUGUCUGUAAUCGAGAGGACAAAAGGACAAUUGCUCCAGAACAUGUUCUAAAGGCUUUAGAGGUUCUUGGCUUUGGGGAAUACAUUGAAGAAGUAGCUGCUGCGUAUGAACAACAUAAGCUCGAGACACUGGAUUCUCCCAAGGGUGUUAGGUUCAGUGGAAUAGAGAUGACAGAAGAGGAAGCUGCAGCAGAGCAACAGAGAAUGUUUGCAGAGGCUCGAGCUCGAAUGAACAACGGUGUUGCCCCGCAAAAGGAGCCCGAACCUGAUCGCAGCUUCGACAGCCAGAACGUCGAUCAUGUAUAGCUAACAAAUACACCCCUUCUUCCAUGUCCUACAGGUUAGGCAACUGGAAGAUUAUGACUAUAUUCUGUUAAUGUAGAUACUAGAUAGUGGUAAAUACAUCAGCAAGUGCAAUGAUCAACCCAACACUAAUAGCAUUGGCAAUUACGCUUAACAUACUUAACAUGCUAGAACUGGCUGUAAGUUCAUCUCCUUGUGCUUAUUUGUUUUGGCAUUUGUCAAGAUUCAGGAAUCUAUACUAUUUUUAUUGCCUUCAGUAUUGUUUUUUUUGUCAGAUUCAAUUCAGUAAUUUAUAUACUGCUUGGUGUAA